AAUUUGUAAACUUAUUGUCAUGGACGCUUGACUCGACUUGCCUUAUUGUUGGGUCGAGGAUGUGUUCUAUGUAUUAAACAGUUCUUCAAAGUUUCCUGAUUUCAUGCAUUAUUGAAAAUAUCAGAUAAAGCUUUCCAUUUUCUAUGAAUUGAUAUCGCUAUGGCCAACCAAAAUCCGGAAUAUCUCACAGCAGAGGAACUGAGAAACCGACUGUACCACAGUCUUAGAAAUCGCGGGCUAGUUGAUUCCAUAAAGUCUCAACUUCGAAACAGCCUGGUCACUGAACUCCAACAAAGUGUGCGGGGCCCUUUGACCUUGAAAGAUCUGAAAGUACCGGAUGGAGGCACCCUUCUCCACAGAGCAUCCAACAGUCUCGUUGCGAAUCAUUUACGAGCAUGCCAAUAUGAGUACAGCCUUAGUGUCUUCCUUCCUGAGUGUGGACUUAACCAAGAUAAGAAAUUUGAAACCCAAGACCUGGUCAAACUACUUAACAUAAGCCCCCAUUCACGACUUUAUCAGAGACUGAGUGCCCAGUCACAACAGGACAGUAAGAAAGGUUUUCUGUGGCAGCUGUUGACUGAAGUGUCAGCUCUCCAUGCAAACUCUUCUAGCAAUGUUGGCUGCCAGACAGAUCUCAUCAAAGUGGGACCAAUCACAUCUCUGGAUGAAAAGCUUACUGAUGUUGAUGAGCUGUUCUCAUCUCGGCGGGAGGAUUUCAUGCGCACGGGUCGUGCUGGAGCAGAAGAACGUUUGCUUAGCUUUCAGAGGCAGCUGGAGGACAGAUAUAAUACCCAACUCAAGUUGGAGCUUGCCAGGAUGAGGGAUGCAGAGAUUGCUUCUAUCAAAACAGAGGAGAAGGAAAAUGGCAGAAAGGCUUUGGAACAAGCCAGAAGAGAGCUGGAAAGGGUUUAUAAAGACAAGCAUGAUGUAUUGGUGCAGCGAGAGAGGAACGCAAUGGAAAGACUUCAACAGCAGACAGAUUUGCAAGACAGAGAAACUUAUGCUCAGCGCCAGUCCAUCCUAGAGGAGAUUGAAGCCGUGAGACAGAGGGAGGCCGAAGUGAAGAGAGAAGCCGAGGUGAACAAAAGAGAGAAGAAAGUCUCGGAAGAUCGUGUGAAAGAUAAGGAAGGAGACCUCAGACGCAGAGAACUUGAGAUCAAUCAGAAGGAAACUGCAUUUGAGCAGCGGCUGCAAAACGAGAUGGCUCAGUUCAAGCUAGAUCAACAAGCGAGAUAUAUUGAGAGAAUACAGAAUGUAGAAGUCCGAGAAGCCAAGGUCAAAGAGGAAGAGAGAAUUGUGUCUGAAGACAAGUCUCGCUUGCAACUUGUGAAAGAUGAGUUGAGAGACAAAACUCACAGGGUCAAUGAAUUAGAGACCCUGUUGUCGGAGUCCAAGUAUAGCGAAGUCAAUGCCAACAAGAACAAUGAGUACCUCAAUGCCAAGCUCAGGGAUAUGUCUGACUACAAAACGCUGAAGGAACAAGUUGUGAUGUACAAAAAUGAACUCGAAACUUUACGAACGACAAGAAGAGUUGUUGAGAGAGCUGCGACGUCCGUCCCCCGAGGCCCUGAUGCUGCACAGAGACCUGGAGAAGACCAAGGAGAAUCUGAGGCAGGAACAAGUCGUCUUUGAGCAGCAGAAGCAGCUGCUGGAGGCCAGACUGAAAGAGGAGCUUGAUCGUAACAAGGACUUACUUCAAAGGUUUGAGGAACAGACAUUGCAAAUGAGAGAGAUGAAUAGAGAAAUUGUAGACCUUCGUCAGAAUUUGCACAUGACCACAAGAGCCCUGAAUACUGAAGUUUACAGAAAGCCAGCGGAUGAGACUGACGGGGCUGUUUUAAAUGAGUCAAGAUCAUCUGGAAGAAAUCUGGCCGGGAGCAGACAUCUGGUAGACUUCGGUGACGGCGACAGCAAUCCAAAAAAAUCUUUACGAUUCGAACCAGACCAGAAGGAUGUGUACCAUGACGUGGAUUUUGAUUUACCGUCUGUCUCACACUCGAGAGCUGGAGGGUACCUCGAUGAUGAUGUCUCAUCAACUGACUCGGCUGACAUAAUUGCCCAGGCUAAGUACAGACUCAAGAAUCUGGAUAGAGAAGCCCAUACUCUGGAGAAAGCUUAUCACGACUUCCAUUGUCGCAUGACCAACAUCAACGCCUUGCCCGCUGACCCACCUCCCCCUAGGUCCACCCAUGCAACCCCACAAGCUGGUUCCCAACAGGAGAGAAAUAUGGGGUCUCCAAGGCAGAGUCCAAUACCCUUUGAAAAUCCGAUGUCGUCGACUCCUUACAAACGUACAAGGAUGGCACAAGAUUUGAACGACAGUUUUGCGGAGCUCGGCACACAGUCCCACCAGCAAAAGAAGACUUCUGUCCCGACACAGCUGGACCUGUCAGCUGUAGGGGAUGACCCGGUUAUUGUAGAAAGUGGGGAUGCGGAGCGCCGAGUCAAGAUGAGGUCUAUCACAGUUGACGACCUGGAUCAGCGACCGGGCUCUCCAGGAAUAAUGGUGGUGGCCGAGUCCGUGUCCAGUACUGACGACACAGUGAAAAAGGUUUCAGAGAGGACACAUUCACAAUCAGGCCCGCCGCCUGGCCCAGUCCAGAGACACGUGUUGUUAGAACCGCUGGUCACUGUGUCUUCAGUGCCGCCACCACCUGUUCCCGAGCCAGCUGUGGCCUCUUUCGUCCCCACAACGACUACCCCCACUGUGUCUAGUCAGCCUUUUUCUCUCGAUUCGGCUUGGAAGUCUCAGACGGAGGAGGAAGAAAAAGGCGAUGAAGAAGCUCGACGCCGGCAAAAGGAAAUGGAAGCUGAAUUAGAGAGGCAAGAAGAAAGAAGAAGGGAGGAAGAGAGGGAAGAGCAAAGACUGAAUGCAGAGCGAGAGAAAGCUGAACAGGAAGCACAGGCCGCUGCUGCCAAAGAGCAAGAGGAGGAAGAGAAAAUUGACCCUGUCAUGAAGCAGUACAUGGCUAUGGUGCAGCAGCAGAAAGAGAAAGAGAAGGAGGUUACCAAAAAAGCUGUCCACACAUGGUCCAGAGGGCAUUCUGAGGAAAAAACCCCGCCCCAGUCUGAUACAGAGGGAUUGUCGGCGGCUGCUCCUGAUGAAAGUGAAAAAGAUGACGACGAUGAUGGAUUUUCAUGGUGAAAAUAGAUGGCUGCAGCGUUAAAUUGAGCAUAAUGCAAAUAACUCAAUGCCAAAGCCAAGAUAUUUGUACCAGGCUUUUGAAGAACACAAAGCCUUUUUUUAAAGAUUGUUUAAACUCUGCCUGUCCAUGACAUUGUGUCACAAGCAAUGAGCAGGUAACAAAUACAAAGAACAUAUCUGUGAUAUUUGUAUUGAUUGCAAAACAAAAAAAAUUUACUUUAAGUCACAUUGCUUGGCUUGUGUAAUAUUUUUCAACUGAUUUAAUGUACCGUAGCUUUGUGUACUCUCAGUACAGUUUGUAUUAUUUCACUGAUUUCUCCACUUUGUUCUAGUUUUAAUAGGCCCUUUUUUACGUAAUAAAUGCUAAAAAUAUGUGAUAUAAACCUGUCCGUACUCGAUCAUCUUAUUCUUUGACUUAUGCAGCAGUGAUAAAAACCAGAGGGAAAGUAAAUUUAAUCUUUGUUCCUGAUACUGAAAGAGGAAAAAUUGCUUUCUGCAUCUAUUUAAUUUCAAAUCAUAUUAUUAUCCUGAUACUCUGUAUCAUGCAGAACAUUUGCCUUUCCUAAUUUUACAUUGUAUAUAAUUGUUUUUUAGUUUUAGGAUAGCAGCCUUUUGCGAUAUUGUCAGCAUUUGCGAUAUAACUAGCAUGGUAUUAUUAUAUGAUGAUAAAAUGUUUUUUGUAUUGAAAUGUUUACAUGAAACUCAUACCCUCAAAUUGUUAAACUUUUAGCAGCAUGAAUCCUCUGAUUUGAGACUGUUGAGGAAGAGUGACGUGUCCAGUCAGCCUCUUUUUCCGUUUUUUUUUCUCUCCAUAAAAUGAGAUGUUUGAAGAAUGCAGUAGUAGUAGUAUGAGAUCAUGAGAGAGAGUGGUCAUCAUUUUUUUCAUAUAAUAUUGUGAAUGUAAAGUCUUUAAUAUUAAAGUUACAAGUUAUUUUAAAGUCAA